UAGUCAAUUUGCACGACUAUUGCACAAAAGGCACCAUGGCUUCUCUCUUGCAAUUCGUCCAUAUUUUGUCUACAGCUCUUGUCAUCUUCACCUCCUCUGCAGCAUCAAAUCCGAGACCCCAGCCGUACGUGGUCUAUAUGGGGAGUUCUUCAAAUUACAAUAAAUUGGAUUCGGAUGCAGCAAAGUUGUCCCAUUUGCAAUUGUUGUCCUCCAUUAUUCCAAGAGAAGAGAGGGACAGACUUUCUAUACGACACUCAUAUCAACACUCUUUUAGUGGAUUUUCAGCAAUGCUUACCGAGGAUGAAGCUUCUAUAUUGUCGGCUCACUCAAAGGUGGUAAGCGUAUUUCCUGAUCCCGUUCUAAAACUCCAUACGACACGUUCUUGGGAUUUCUUGGAACAACAGUCCAAAAUCAGAUUGAACUAUCAUCUUGAUCAGAUAUCAAGUGAUAUUAUUGUUGGAGUCAUAGACACAGGUAUAUGGCCAGAGUUGCCCAGUUUCAGUGACAGGGGUGUUGGCAAGAUCCCGUCAAGGUGGAAAGGAGAAUGCAUGGAAGGACCUAAUUUUAAGAAGUCCAACUGCAAUAGGAAAAUAAUAGGCGCCAGAUUCUAUGACGAUUUUGAUCUUUCUACCAAACCUCUUGGUAAUAAACCAAAUAAGCGUCAAGGCUCACCAAGAGAUGCAGUAGGCCACGGGACUCACACUGCAUCAAUAGUAGCUGGAACAGCAGUUGCUAAUGCCAGUUAUUAUGGCCUUGCAAGGGGCAAAGCAAAGGGUGGAGUACCCUCGGCUAGAAUAGCUGCAUACAAGGCCUGCUCAACAGAUGGUUGCAGCGGUUCCACCAUCCUCAAAGCAAUCGAAGAUGCCCUCAGUGAUGGGGUGGACAUCAUAUCAAUUUCGAUCGGUCAGAGUUCAGUUUUUCAGCCUGAUUUUCUGAGUGAUCCAAUAGCCAUUGGAGCUUUCCAUGCUGCAGAGAAAGGAGUAAUGGUCAUAUGCUCAGCUGGAAAUGAAGGGCCUGAACCUUAUACCGUUGUUAAUUCAGCUCCAUGGCUGUUCACUGUGGCAGCAUCCACUGUCGACCGUGAUUUGCAGUCCAUUGUGAUUCUUGGAAACAAAAGAUCCUAUCAGGGGACUGCAAUUAAUUUCUCGCCUCUGAACUCAUCAAAAGCUUAUCCUCUUGCAUUUGGAGAAAAUGUUGCAGCUCGUUUUGUCUCUCCAUCAGAUGCAAGGAAUUGUGCUCCAGGGUCGUUAGAUAGCAAAAAAGUUGCUGGAAAAAUAGUGAUUUGUUUGAAUGAUAACCCAACAAUAUCAAGGAUGAUCAAGAAGCUGGUAGUAGAAGAUGCAAAAGCUAAGGGUUUGAUAUUAAUUGAUGAGGAAAAAAGAAGUUCACUACUUGAUUCCGGCAUAUUUCCAUUUACAGAAGUUGGGAAGCAGUCAGGAUCUCCAAUUCUCAACUAUCUAAAUUCGACCAAGUAAGAGUAACACUUUCCUCUCUAAAUCCAUGUGAAGUCAUUUAUUUUAAUUCAAGAGUAGCUUUUCAAUUUUGCCGAGAAGGCUUUGUUGAGUGGCUAUUCCUUUCUUACUUCUUAAAUUUCACCUCCACCUCUCCCCUGUUAGAAAAAAUUAUCUAGUAUACAUUUUUAAAUUUAAAUCUAAUAGAAUGACCGGAUGGGUUAAAUCAUCCAUCAGUUUGCUUUCUUGUCCUCAAACUUGCUAAAGCUUAGGAAACC